AUGACAGAAAGCAGCAUCGCCCAAACCACUGCGGACACAGAGCCCGAGCCCAGAAGCUUCAAACGCCUUCCUAGCCGGCUGCUGCUUCUUAAGAACACACCGGCUCACGAGCGGUCGCGGAAGGCCAAGAAGAUGAUCGGGCUGAAGGCCAAGCUCUACCACAAGCAGCGGCACGCUGAGAAGAUACAGAUGAAGAAGACCAUUAAAAUGCAUGAAAAGAGAAAUACAAAGCAAAAGAAUGAUGAAAAAACACCUAAAGGAGCUGUACCAGCAUACCUGCUGGACAGAGAGGGGCAGUCCCGGGCUAAGGUUCUUUCUAACAUGAUCAAGCAGAAAAGAAAAGAAAAAGCCGGAAAAUGGGAGGUUCCUGUGCCAAAGGUCCGUGCACAAGGAGAAACAGAAGUUUUAAAAGUGAUUCGUACAGGAAAGAGAAAGAAGAAGGCCUGGAAGAGAAUGGUUACAAAAGUUUGUUUUGUUGGAGAUGGCUUUACUAGGAAGCCUCCUAAAUACGAGCGAUUCAUUCGACCAAUGGGCUUACGUUUCAAGAAGGCACAUGUGACACACCCUGAACUUAAAGCUACUUUUUGCCUACCUAUCCUUGGUGUAAAAAAGAAUCCUUCUUCUCCUUUGUACACAACACUGGGUGUAAUUACCAAGGGUACCGUCAUUGAGGUCAACGUGAGUGAGCUUGGCCUUGUCACACAAGGGGGCAAAGUUAUCUGGGGGAAAUAUGCACAAGUAACAAACAAUCCAGAAAACGAUGGCUGUAUUAAUGCAGUUCUACUUGUUUAAGUUUUGUUUGAUACUAAGCGUUGGACAUGGGCUCCUGCAAAAUCAGUGCAGUUUCAACAAGUUUGCAAGAUCUCUGGAACCUUCAACCAAUCAAGAACAUUGACCCCACAAGCUGGUGAGGAACUUAAACGUGCCAGAAACAACUGUUUGGGGUUUUGUAUUUGUGUUUGUUCAGCUGAACACUGUCCAAAUAAAAUGACUCGAUUUU